CUGCCCACCAAGGACACACAGCAUCUCAGCUGCCAUUGAGACUAAGCCAUGAACUGUACCGGGAGUCCUGUUACCUCUCAGUCAGCGCGUCUUGAUUCAGAGGACGAUGUGACGGAUGCAGGGAUGCACACCUUCAGUCAUACCCACAUGAGGAAAGCCUUCCAGUUGAUGAACGAUCUGAGAAGCAGGAAGUUGCUCUGUGAUGUUCUUCUAGUUGCGGGAGAUGUGGAGGUACCUGCCCAUAGAGUGGUGCUGGCAUCCUGCAGCCCCUACUUCUGUGCCAUGUUUACCGGAGACAUGAGUGAGAGCAAGGCCCAGUGUGUGGAGAUUCGGGACGUGGAUGGAGAGACGCUUAGAAAGCUGGUGGAUUACAUCUACACAGCAGAGAUCGAGGUUUCUGAGGAAAACGUACAGGUACUGUUGCCAGCUGCCAGCCUGCUCCAGCUGAUGGACGUGCGUCAGACGUGUUGCGAGUUCCUGCAGUCUCAGCUUCAUCCCACUAACUGUCUGGGGAUCCUGGCGUUCGCUGAUCUCCACGCCUGCACUGGGCUGCUCAGCCAAGCCCACGCCUACGCAGAGCAGCAUUUCUCGGAGGUGAUGAUGGGGGAGGAGUUUAUGGCCUUGUCCCUGCAGCAGGUCUGCGGCCUCAUCUCCAGCGACAAACUCACCGUUUCGACUGAGGAGAAGGUGUUUGAGGCCAUGAUUGCCUGGAUAAAACACGAUAAGGAGACUCGCCUGGAGCAUAUGCCCAAGCUGAUGGAACACGUGCGCUUGCCGCUGCUGUCCAGAGAUUACCUGGUGCAGAUAGUGGAGGAGGAAGCUUUGAUCAAAAACAACAACAUGUGUAAAGACUUCCUCAUCGAGGCCAUGAAAUACCACCUCCUACCAGCAGACCAGCGGCAUCUCAUCAAGACAGACAGAACGAGACCACGCACACCAGUUAGCCUGCCCAAGGUGAUGAUUGUGGUGGGUGGACAGGCACCCAAAGCCAUCCGGAGCGUGGAGUGUUACGACUUCCAGGAGGAUCGCUGGUAUCAGGUGGCAGACCUUCCGACCAGACGGUGUCGGGCAGGCGUGGUGUUUAUGGCGGGGAAGGUGUACGCUGUCGGGGGGUUUAACGGCUCUCUGCGGGUCCGGACGGUGGACGUCUACGACGGGGUGCGGGACCAGUGGAGCUCGGUGGCCAGCAUGCAGGAGCGUCGGAGCACCCUGGGAGCAGCUGUGCUUGGAGGAAUGCUUUACGCCGUGGGGGGGUUUGACGGCAGCACAGGCCUGUCUUCAGUGGAAGCUUACAACCACAAGACAAAUGAGUGGGUGUUUGUUGCUAGCAUGAACACCAGGCGGAGCAGCGUUGGUGUGGGAGUGGUGGAUGGAAAACUGUAUGCUGUUGGUGGGUAUGAUGGAGCGUCACGUCAGUGCCUGAGCACGAUGGAGGAGUUUAACCCCGUCACCAACCAGUGGACGUACGUGGCUGAUAUGAGCACCAGACGGAGUGGAGCAGGUGUUGGAGUGCUUAAUGGACAGCUAUAUGCAGCUGGAGGCCAUGACGGCCCCCUGGUGAGGAAGAGCGUGGAAGUUUAUGACCCCGCCACUAACACCUGGAGACAGGUGUGUGAUAUGAACAUGUGUCGGAGAAACGCAGGAGUGUGUGCCAUUAACGGGCUGCUGUAUGUGAUUGGCGGAGACGACGGCUCAUGCAACCUGUCCUCUGUGGAGUUCUACGACCCCUCUGCAGACAAAUGGGGCCUCAUUCCCACGAACAUGAGUAAUGGGCGGAGUUAUGCAGGUGUGUCGGUGAUCGAUAAACCAUUAUGACCAUUUGCAGCAGACCUCAGGCAUCCUGAGGGAGUAUCACACACGUGGACAGAGAGCUUAGUUUCCUGUGAGUACACAGGCCCAAUAACAGGCCACACGGUGGUUCUGGUGUGUAGCACUGACCUGGAGGAGCUGAGCGCUGAAGCCUGUGCAACCAUAACACAGCAGGACUCUCCCGGCUGUGGUCACAUGGUGACCUGUGGAGUAUCAGAGUGAAGCUGCCCCCGAAGCACAGAGCCUCAGUGAA